AGUGCAAGUAACUGGUUCAACUCCGCGUUGGGACAUUCAGCUAUUGUGCGUGUUGGGGAGGGAACUCGAAAGUCUCAGCGUUGUUAUACUUCAAUGAAAGGACGCGGAAGUAAACAGUCUUUAACGGAUUUGUUUUUACGAAUAUGACGUUUUCCUUUUGAUGCGAACUUGCGAAAUUUUGACUGAAAUUAUGAUCUAGUUGGCAAAGCCCUGGCUGGCUGCGUAAAUUUCCCGACCUCUUGUGACUGUCAACGCGUGGCUCUUUACAUGAGAUAAAGGUAAACAUUAACACAUGGUGAAUGCUACGAACUACCGAAACAAUAAUUGUUCUCUCCUCAGCUUCGUGACAGAAGACCGACUGCAGUCCUAUUCCAACUCUUUGACCCUUCCACCGCUCGCCAUGGAAGCCAGAGGAAAGUACGAGUUUAAUGCUACGGCUGAGGAUGAGCUGAGCUUCCGAAAGGGAGACAUCCUGAAAAUUCUAGGUAGUCAAGAUGAGUGGUUUAAGGCAGAGCUGCAUGGACAGGAAGGCUUUGUGCCCCAAAACUACAUUGAAAGACAAACCCCAAGCUGGUUCAAGGAGACGGCAAGCCGCAGCUCUGCUGAGGAACUCCUGAUGUCUAGGGAGGUGGGGGGAUUCCUGAUCCGUGGCAGUCAGAGCUCCCCUGGAGAAUUCUCCAUCUCUGUCAGACAUGAGUUUGACGUGCAGCAUUUCAAAGUGAUGAAGGACAGCAAAGGCCACUACUUCCUGUGGUCAGAGAAGUUCACUUCCCUCAACAAGCUGGUGGACUUCUACAAGAACACCUCCAUCUCCAAGCAACGGGGCAUCUACCUUAGAGACGGUAGCCGGGAUGACCAGAGCCCAUCCGCACCCCAACUGUUGAAGAGGGGGAGUCUACCUGAGGAGAGGAGCUAUGGGGCCCCUACUGCAGCCACGUCACACCGCAGGGCCUCAGACCUUCCUCACAGUCAGCAGAGUAAGAGACCUGGGAUGGAGGAGAGGGCUCACACCAUAGGCACCCCUGGUAGAAACACCCCCCUAACCUCUCUCCCAGCCCCCCAAAGGACAUCUGAAACUAUACCACAUUCACAGAGGGCAGUCAUGCAGGUGAAAGCAGUGUACGACUUCACAGCGGAGGAAGGGGACGAGCUAGGCUUCCGUGCAGGUGAUGUCAUUGACAUUUUGGAUCACUCUGAUCCAUCGUGGUGGAAAGGAAGAUUGCGGGGUAAAAGUGGUCUGUUCCCUGCCAACUAUACCACACCUUUAUGAGGAAAGCUUAGAGAGAGAGUUGUCGCUCUUUGGGCUUCUCCAAUCAUAUGGACUGUGAUGAUAAGAGUCGGGCAACGCACAGAAACUUCAGCAGCCCAAACUGUAGGACUAAAAAGAAAUUGGUUCACAGUUGAUUUCUGAUAACAUAUGCUCACACAUUUAUUUGUAUUUUAAAGCUGGUGCUCAGCAUAAUACAAUUGACAAACCUAAAUGACAUUGAUUUAUAAGCAGAGGUGGACUUACCAUUAGGCAGAAGAGGCAAUUGCCUCAGGCCUCACAUCAUCAAGGUGCCUUCUGAGCUGGGCAUAAUAAUAAAAUACUAGACAUCUUCUUUUUUUCCCCAAUAAUGUCUCUGCAUGAGACCCCACAACUGGUUUAUAAUAAUGGACUAUUCCAACUCUACAGAGUUCCUGUGCAUUGUUUCACGCGAUAUGAUUGCAAAUUUGACUUUCAUUGUAAUUAAGCUGUAUCAAUGAGGUGCUUUCACAGCCGGAUAGGGAAAUGUGCAAUUAAUGCAACCAGUGAAAAUGAAGAUUUAACAGAAAAAAUGUUGUAAGUUAAUGCGUUUCUUUAGUCAAAAGACAAGUGCUUGCAUGUAAUACUGACAUUGUCAUCGAGGCAGAAGACAUGUAUGUGUAGACAAUGUAUCUGAUGUAAUCUGGCCAAACAGAGCAUGGCAUGUCAUUCGCUUUUUGGCCAGACAGAAUCAGAUACAUUGGAAGCAUAUAGAAAGACAGGGGCGUUGUUUGGCUCACUAGGAUAAUCGGAUCAUCUCCAGUGAGAUAGUUUGUCACUUGCAAAUUGAAGGAAAUUGUUUGGAUGCUACUUUAAGAAGUGAUUGUUUGGCAAUCAGAUGGAAACAUCAUGACCUGUUGUGUUCAUUUUAAUCACAGCCACCGCCCCCACAGGAGGCCUUUUGCCUUUUGGUAGGCCGUCAUUGUAAAUAAGAAUUUGUUCUUAACUGACUUGCCUAGUUAAAUAAAGGUUACAGGUUAAACAAAAAUGACACAUUAAAAUGUAAUUUCUUUUGACAGUCUUUACUCUAAAACCCAUAACAAAAUGGUGUGCACACAAAUCACUAAGUCCGCCCCUGUUUGUAAGGGAACUUCCACAACCCAACUACAGUGUCAUAUCCAUUGGAGGUUGAAAACUGGGAGCUUUGCUGCCACACAUUUACUGUAUGGUACUACACUUUUUGUAUUGCUACCUUUUUGUAUUGUUUGUAGUGCUUGCUUUUAAUUGUAAGGUCUCCAUAGCAAAUUAUGUCUUGUUAAUGAACUUCCAAAUUUACAAUGUCAGUUUGGGUAUGCUUGUCAUCUGUCUAAAUUAAAACAAUGAUGUAUAUAAACCCUGGCUUGCUGAUGCUAUGUGUUGGCCAAUGAGAUGCUUUGAAGCCACUGGUCGGCCAUAUUGUCACUCCUCAAAAGCAGUCUUCCAUAGGAAUUAAUGGAAUACUUCAGUAUUUAAUUUAAAUGUUUUUAGGACAAAAUGACAUGUAUUUUUUGUUGUAGUUGAGAAUGUAUUUUCAAAUAAUUACUCUAAUGAUCUGACACUGAGAACUACACUCCUGACCUGCAGUGUUGGGUAAUAGUGAACUACAUGUAAUUCAACUAGUAAUUUAACUACAUUUUGGGGUAGCUCAGUGGUAGUUGAACUAAAUUGAAUCUAGGUAGGGUUUUCAGUAGUUAUAAUUUUUUUUUGCAAUGUAACUACUAGAAAUACACUACUUUUUUAUUUCAAAUAAAGUAAAAUAUGAGUGAA